AUGAAUACUACACAGGAGCAAGACAAUAAUAAUAAUGAUAACGUGCUGAUAGAAUCAAAUUCAUCACCAACUUCAGCUUCAAUUGCACAACUUCAAUCAUCUUCGAUAAAGGCAAAGUCUGAUGAGUUCAAAGCAAGAUACACCAAGGGCAAGAGAGCACAAGAGAUAGUCUGUGUUGUAGUCUUCUUUGCUCUUUUGGCCGUCUCGACUCAAAAGAUGUUCACCUUGUACUUUGUUCAAAACAUCUGGGUCUUCUUCAUUGCCUCACUCCUAGCAAUGAUCGUCGCAGACUUCUUCUCUGGCAUUGUUCAUUGGGGUGCCGAUACAUGGGGAACACUGGACACACCAAUCGUUGGCAACAGCUUGCUGAGAUCAUUCAGAGAGCAUCAUGUUGUUCCAACUCAGAUGUGCCACCACGACUUUAUCGAGACCAAUGGUGAUAAUUGCAUGGCCGUCGUGCCAGUGCUUAUGUUCACUGCAUUCUCUGAGAUCAGAGACGACAGGUACGACCUGUUCCUGCUGUGCUUCCUCGUCCAACUAAGCUUCUGGAUCAUGCUGACCAACCAGAUCCACAAGUGGAGCCACACUUACAAGCUGCCCGCCUUGAUCAAGUUCCUCCAGAGCAGUGGCGUCAUUCUCUCCAAGCGAGACCAUGCCAUCCAUCAUCGCAACCCAUUCGACAAGUACUACUGUAUUACCAAUGGAUGGUUGAACCCGUAUUUGGCAUCGAUUGGAUUCUGGAAGCGUCUGGAGGAGAUCAUCACCUAUGCUACUGGUGCUAUUCCACGUGCUGACGACCUUGCUUGGACUGGCGUCGAUGGUGAUCAACAGUAA